AUGGGAAACAAUACAUCGACCACGAGAAAAUCGCUGGCAACGGUGCGUCACGUGACCCCGUCUCGUAAAUCGCAUCUGUCAGCGGCCAAUCACCACAAUUUGGAGGAAGAGUUCAGCGACCUCAUUUUGCACGAGGUCAAGCGCCAGAAACAUGAUUCCGGCCUGACGGACGCUUGGAACAGUCUGGCAGCCGGCGCUGGUUCGGAAGACCGGGAUCGCACAGCCGAGGCGGUCGUUUCUUUGGCUGAAAAGGGACAUUUCUCCAAUGACCUACUUGAGGAUGAAUUCAACGAAUUGGGGCACGGGGUGUUGGAGAAUGGUGCUGGCGACGAAGUUCUGCGGAACAUCUUGCCCUCGGCGCCCGUUGAAACCGUCAAUCUGGCUGGUCUGGGCGACAGUGGGAACACUGUUCAGAACCCUAGUUUUGAGCACAUUGAGGAGCCAGGAAGCUCCAAUUUCGGUAAAUAUACGAUGCCGGCCGACGACGCUACCGGCUCGGCCAUGGCCGUGGAUUCUCCGGGCGCUGCAGGCAGCGCACAGGGCAAUACCUACGGGAACAUAAGCAGUAACUAUGGGGCAGCAUCCUCAUCUGAUAGUGGUUUUGAUAAUAAUAUGUUGACGGGCGUGGACUUUACACGUGCAGCGCUGCCUGCCAUGGCUCGCCAGCGUCCGCAACCGCCAUCUAGGCUCGCUCGAGGUCACUCGACUGAAAGCGCCAAUAGCAACUCGCGGACGUCUGUGGCCCAACUCAUUCCAGUAAAAAUCAAGUGGGUGAACCAGACGCGCGAAAACAUUGUCAAGGUCUCGAUCAUUGGGUCGUUUUCCAACUGGCGCGAUGUAAUCAAGCUCAAGCGGUCGCUGCACAACCCCAACGAGUAUCUGACCACAGUUAAGCUACCCUUGGGUGUGCACAAGUUGUUGUACGUGGUCAACAACGAGUAUCGUGUGCUGGAGCUGCUACCCACUGCCACUGAUCAGGAGGGUAUUUUUUUUAAUUGGUUCGAGGUUCUCGACCCACACCAUCUAUUCAACAACAACCCCAACAUCUAUCACCACUCCAAUCUUUCUCUGGGCGGAACUGACGGUGGAAUCGUCCAGGUGGCUGGCGAGCAUGAUGCUAGUCAAAUCCAGAAGAAAUCGAUGUCGUUUUUGGCCAAGGUAUCCAAGCAGGAGAAAGAGUCAAUUUCUGAACACGUUGAGUACGCGGCACAUGGCUCAACCGAGACAGAGCAUGUUGAUCACGGUGACAACAACUAUUCUACCUACCAUGAGCAUUCCUCGACGUCUUUGAUUGAAGAUUACCCCGCAGAACCAAAAUUGGAGUAUUCUUCUGAGAUCCCAGAGAUGCUCAUGGACUACAACUACUUCAAGAACAAGGGCACGGACUAUGAACUUCCCGAACCUCCACAGUUGCCAGCCCAUUUGAACAAUGUGUUGCUCAAUAAGAUGUCGUCCAAUCUGAACCAUCACCAAGCCAACAACAUCCCACAGGUUACUUCGGGAAACCGCCCUGCCUUGAGACGUGCAGACAGCUCCUACUAUGCCUCCAACGGUGAGUCGUACCACCGGGUUAUUCCAAACCAUGUGAUCUUAAACCAUUUGAUGACCACAUCUAUUCGAAACGACGUUCUAACUGUGGCGUGCAUUACCCGGUAUUCUGGUAAAUUUGUGACACAAGUGAUGCAUUCGCCCGCAGAUGUACUUCCUGAUGCGUGA